CUUAGCGUAGGCUUGCUAGUGUCUUACAGGCCGCUAGCCCCAGGUGCGCGCGGCCAAAAAAACGAGCCAAACAAGCUUCGUGCCUGUAGCUACAACACACGAGAGCACCUUUUGUAGCUGCCUUCACGAGCACAGGCUGUUUGUGGGAGCGCUAAGCCCACACCGACCUCCGGAGCCCUGCCCAAGAAUCUUGCUCUAGCUCAUACGCGCAGCGCGAGAGCCACAGGAAUUCUCCGUAGCCAGUCGGAUUCCCUGCCUGCGCGCAGCGCAUGCGAGCCAUCGAGUGCCUCUGCGCUUUCUGCAAGUUCUGCGUCGAAACGCGGCUCUGCGAGUGCCUCUGCGAGUGCCUCAGACAAGACUGGGGCCUCGGUCCCUACAUCGCGCCCUUGUGCAAUCCACUCCUCGAAGCUCUCGCGACACUCUUAACAGCCCUCGCGACCAUGAUUACGAGAGCAGUCCUCCUCUUCUCUACAGUGAGACAGUAUUUACUGAGACAAAUAAAAACCAGGGCGCCUUUAGUAACGGCCGUGCUCCACGCCGUACCGGUCAAAACCCUCGCCUUCCUCAAUGGAGCUGGUGUAGUCUCCGUAAUCUUCGCGUCGGUACAAAAGGUCCAACUGGACACGUUCGGCGCGGCCUGCGGCGCGUUAGCUUGUUUACUACUAACAUUGUCGAUGCGCAUCGCGACGGACGAGAGGAUGACGGAGACGUUCGGGGGUAUUAUGACGGGUACCUUGCGCCAGAAGACGCGAGCUCUACAUGAUGGACUAUUGUACGGCGCGGCAGGUCUGGCUUCCAUUGGCUUCGCGGUCAUGGGCGCGGAACGCGUCGCGGAGCACGUGUCGGACGUGGCGCCUCCAUUGGAUACGACGGACGUCGUUUGUUUGCUCGCAUUAGGUGCGCUUGCCUUACAAGUGCUCUGCGCGUCGCCGUUUGAUGCGGACGACCCCGCCCACCUCGCGUUCGCGGUCUUCGCGCACGACUGGAGCGCUCUGGCCCAAGCGGUGGCCGUGUCGACGCGCGGCGCGCUGAGCUUCGCUUCUUUGAUGGUCGUGGCCUGCCUCGUCGUCGCUCAUGUCGCGAACGCGGCGCAGCUGGAUAACGCGCGGCGCGAGCCUGCCGGCGAGGAGCCGGCACCGACGCCGGAGAAGCCUCCUCCGGUAGACGACGGCGUCGAGCGGGCGUAUGUAUAAGAUGAUAUACGUAUAGCUUAGUAGAGAUAGGGGACGGA